CGCCACCGUUUGCUAUCCGGAAACUGUCAUAAAGACUUUGCGUUCCAGUCAACGCGGGAAAAUUUUGACUUGUGAAACGGUGGGGAGCGAGUUUGCAACGAGUUUCAAGGACUGAACUGGUGACUGUUUUUGCUGCAGCAGAAUGAAGGUGACCACGUGCGAGAUCGCAUGGCACAACAAGGAGCCAGUGUACAGCAUGGAUUUCCAACUGUAUUCUGAGGCUGGGAUCCACCGGCUAGCCACUGCCGGUGUCGACACUACCGUGCGCAUGUGGAAAGUGGAGACAGGGUCAGAUGGGAAGGCAGUUGUUGAAUUCCUGUCGAACCUUUCCAGACACACUAAGGCAGUGAACGUAGUACGAUUCUGUCCCAGCUCUGAACUGCUUGCAUCUGGUGGUGACGAUGCUGCCAUCUUGCUUUGGAAGCUGAAUGACAACAAGGAACCUGAGCAAGCCAUCUUCCAAGAUGAGGAGGAUGCUCAGUUGAACAAGGAGAGCUGGAGUGUGAUGAAGACACUGAGAGGGCAUAUAGAGGAUGUGUACGACAUAUCAUGGGCUCCUGGUGGCAAAUUCCUGGUCUCUGGAUCUGUGGAUAAUACUGCCAUCAUGUGGGAUGUCGCUAAGGGACAGAAGAUGUACAGUUUCAAUGACCACAAGAGCUAUGUGCAGGGUGUGGCCUGGGACCCUCAGGGCCAAUACAUUGCUACACUGAGCUGUGACAGGGUGAUGCGUGUGUAUGGCACACAGACAAGGAAGAAAGCCUACAGUGUGAGCAGAAUGUCCUCUGGAGGAUCUGCAGAGGGAGAGGUGAAGAACUACCGAAUGUUCCAUGAUGACAGCAUGCGGUCCUUCUUCCGUCGACUUACCUUCACUCCUGAUGGCUCCUUCCUGCUGGCCCCAGCCGGGUGUGUGGAGGCGGGUGAAAAUGUUACUAACACCACAUAUGUCUUCUCUCGCAAGAGCUUCAAAAGGCCAAUUGCACAUCUACCCUGCCCCACCAAGGCUACCCUGGCAGUGCGUUGCUGCCCUGUUUACUUUGAGUUGAGAAACAGUGAGGGAGAAGAUGAUUCUGCUGAGUCUCCGUCAAACACCUUCCAGUUGCCAUACCGCCUGGUGUUUGCUGUAGCCUCUGAAGACUCCAUUCUCCUGUAUGACACGCAGCACAGGCUGCCCUUUGGUUAUGUGUCAAACAUCCAUUACCACACACUCAGUGACCUCACCUGGUCCAGGGAUGGCUCCUUCCUAGCAGUGUCCUCCACAGAUGGCUACUGCUCUUUUGUUUCAUUCUCAGCUGGGGAGCUGGGUACCCCACUUAAGGAACACCCUGUGUUUGAAAUUUUGGCUCCAGGCUCUGCCCCUGAGAAGAAGGCCAAGAAGGCAGUUGUGUUGAGAACGGUCUCCCCAGUGGCUCGUGCAUCCACAGCUGAAGGGGGCUCUCCCUGUACCCUGCAUGGACAGGACACCCUCUCCACACCCCUCACCUCCAGGGUCACACACACACCAGCUUCUGAUGAAGUGAAGAACAACCAGGGUCAGAGGGGGAAGGUGCAGCCCAGGAGGAUCACACUGAACAUGUUGGAGGGCUGGAGCAAGCCCAGCACCCCAAAAACCCCCAUAAACCCACAAGACCCAUCCAGGCCGAAGGCCUCCAUGACCCCCCAGGGCCCUCUCACUCCCAAGGGGCCCACACCAAGGAGGAUUUCACUGACUCCAGUUUCUUCUGGAACUCCAGCUUUAUCCCAGUCCUUUGUCACACCUUCUUCAGUAGAUAAAGCCAAACAUGAGAGGCCCUCCCCAUCUACUGACUCGGUGUGCCAACCCCCUGAUCCAAAACGACCCAAAACUGAUGAUGGGCCUGCCCCUGUGGGCACUGGGGGCACCCAUGACCUACAAGGAUCCUGAGUCCCCAGUGAACCAUGAACUCUGACCACCUUCCACUGCUUCUGUUCUGCGAUGUAGAUUGGCUGCAGUAGGGUUUCCUGGUAUUUCAGAAUGCUUUGAUUGAGACUCACACAUUUGUGUCUCUGCUCUUAAAAGGAGUGCGUACUUGACUGCUUCCAGUAAUUCCAUGCAUUACCUUCAGCCUGGACUGUACAAAGGAUCACAGGAGUCCACUUUUGUAAAUGGUUAACAGUGGAUGAAAUUAUUCUUUGUGAAUGUGCAUUUGUUCCUGAAGGGCUGCCCUGGGGAUAGUUUUACAGUUAUGCUUGUAGAAAGGUAUAUACAAAAAAACUCUUCAGGCCCCAGUCAGGCGUGGAAUUUGCAGCUUCUCUGGUUAGUGUACAGAGGUAGGAAAAAUCUGGAACCACAGGCCCGGUUUCCCCAGAACAGAGUACAUCUGAAACACACUUCCUACCUGCCUGUCUUUAGUGUCACUGUCAACAUUCUCAUUUUGUUCCAAAUAUGUUUAAAAACACAUGCAUA